AUGGCGGACUCAAAAGGAAAGAGCACGGUAACAACACAAACCAACCCGCGCGGGAUUCCCGUCGCUCCCUUCAUCGACAAUGUCAGCGACUACGUCUCCUCCCGCGAGGAGGUCGAGCCAACCCUCCGCUCCUUCCAGGAGAUGAUCUCCAAGUACCAGUUCAUGGAGGUGAACACCCAGCGCCGCGGCCAGGGACUGCGCGAGAAGAUCCCGGAUAUCAGAAAGACGCUGGAGAUGGUGCGGUUCUUGAAGCUGCGCAAGGAGUCCAACCCCGACGCAGACCUCGAGACUAACUUCGAACUCAAUGAUACACUCUACGCCCGGGCUUCGAUCUCGCCUGCCGAUGCUGAGGAAGUGUACCUCUGGCUUGGAGCGAAUAUCAUGUUGGCGUACCCGCUCAACGAGGCUGAGACCAUGCUGGAUGACAAGCUCAAUGCGGCAGAGUCGAGCUUGCAGAACUGCGAGGAGGAUCUGGAAUUCUUGCGCGAGCAGAUUACGACAUUGGAGGUUGCCACGGCGCGUGUGUACAACUGGGAUGUUGUACAAAGACGUAAAGACAAGGCCGAUGGCAAGGGAGAUGAAGAGGAAAAUAAGAAGCGCCCUGGUGGCUGA